UCUAAGACCCUAAGACACAAUGCAUUGGAGAUGCUCUUACAUCCUUACCAAACACUUUGAUGCACCAUCUCUAACGAACUGCAAAGUAAAAAUCCCACUGUAUUUUACGAUAUUUCUGAGUGAAGACAUCGGAGCUUCAUCGGCAAUCCACAUGUAAUAGAAAUCGAGUUUCUUCCUUUGCAGCAAACAACGUAUGCUCAGUAAUUCCACAAACACUGUAAUCCUCCAAUUUAUAUUCUUAUUUAAUCCCAACCUGUCUGUUGUAGAAAGCAAUCCCAUUGUCCCUCUCGAGGCCUUUGCCCCCACCCCACUCCGACCCCCCGCCAAUGAGACCCCGCCACGUGUCCCCAACACCGACACCGAGCAUUCGCCUCCGGCUAGGUUAAUUGUAGUCACCUCUCCCACACGUGCGCAUGCCCUAGCCACCACCCCCAAGUGCCAUAUACAUAUUACUUCAUCUUCUUCGUUAAUCCCUCUCUCUCUCCUCAACCUGCUGCCCUCUAGAGAGAGAGAGAGAAACGGUAACACUAACCCAUGAAUAUAUAUGUAUUGGGAUGGAAAGGGGAUGGAAGCCUAACAUCGAGUUAUCGCCGGCUUGCCCGCGCUGCGGCUCCUCCAACACCAAAUUCUGCUACUACAACAACUACAGCUUGACUCAGCCGCGCUACUUCUGCAAGGGCUGCCGCCGCUACUGGACAAAAGGCGGCUCCCUCCGCAACGUCCCUGUCGGCGGCGGCUGCCGCAAGACCAGGAGAGGCAAAUCCGUACGCGCCACCACCGCCGCCGUGACACAAUCCAAUCACCGGUCGAUCGAGUCCAUGUCCGCCGCCGCAGGAGGCGGAGCUUCGACCAGCAUCGAUCUCGCAGCGGUCUACGCGAAUUUCCUCAACCAGCCGCCGCGGCAGCAGCCGGAGAAUCAUUACGCCGACGGAAUCGAGUUGACCAGCUUCCAUUUGAAUCAGAUUGGCUCGCAUUUGCCUCAGGAGAAUGGAUUUAUCGAGUGUGGAUCGUUUCCGAUUAGGUUUUCGGAGGCGCAAUUAUUAGGGCACGGAGGUGGGAAUAAUAACGCCACGUUUUUCGGCGGCCUCGACGCAGCGUUUCAGAAGCAGCAGUUUACUGCGGCAGCGGGGAGUGGCUUUGGGGGCGUGAGCGAUCAUGUGCUGCCGCCGUUGCCGGGGGAGGAAGCGGCGGCGGUGUGGCCGAGUUCGGAUAUGAUGUUACAGAAUGAAAUGUUGGCUUCGGCGAGGGUGGAAGUAGAAGUAACGCACCAGAAUUCGGAACUGUUGAGUCCUUUCAGUGGAUUGAAUCUUGAAGCUAUUUUUAGGUCUUGAUUUUGAUUUUGUGUUUAAAUUAUAUACGUUUUGUCUUUUUAUAAAUGUUUUAUAUUUUGUAUA